AUAAUUCAUUGAUAUGAUUGAUUUAUCUAAAAUCGAGAAUUUUCGCCAUAUUGAUUAGUCUCCCAACGUUUAUCCGAAAAGUAGUUCUCCAUUCCUCUUACGGCAUUGAAUGGAGGUCUCUACAAACUCACUUUGAACAUGUGUGAUCGUCAAUCAAACCACCCCUAAGCAUGGAUUGUCAUACCUGCCUUGCUUUGUUUUAGUGAGUCCUGGAAAACCUACAGAUAUCCAUGGAUUGUCUGAGAUCUAUUAGAAAGAAUAGAUGGAAAGGCCCCAGGAAACUGAAAAAGAUUACUGUAUUAGUUGUGGUGACAAGCUUUCUUUUAAUUGUGUCUUUUGCUGAUACUUCAGAUGAUUGCCGGUUUCCGGCAAUUUACAACUUCGGCGAUUCCAAUUCUGACACUGGCUCCGUCUCAGCUACAUUUGGUCGAGUCACUUGGCCUAAUGGCCGUACUUUUUUCGGUAAACCUUCUGGUCGCUAUUCAGAUGGCCGUCUGCUCAUUGACUUUAUAGCCGAGAAGCUGGAACGACCCUUUUUGAGUCCAUAUCUUGAUGCUUUGCAACCGUAUUUCAGAAAUGGAGCAAAUUUCGCUGCCGGUGGUUCUACAAUUCAGCCCUUUGAUGUGAAAUUGUUAGAGGCGGGUUUGAACCCUUUAACUCUCAAUAUUCAACUUUCCCAGUUUGAGCAACUCAAAGAUCGCACUAAUGAGUUGUACAGUCAAGCAAAAACUUCAAAGAUCAAAAGUAAUCUCCCAAAACCGGAGGACUUCUCAAAAGCCCUUUACACCUUAGAUAUUGGACAGAAUGAUCUUUAUUUUUGGCUUACGACGAUGAAGGUGGACCAAGUGAAGCCAUCCAUCCCUCCUAUAAUUAAUCAGUUUGCUCUUGCCAUUGAGAAACUAUAUCAAGAAGGGGCAAGAAAUUUUUGGAUUCAUAAUACUGGUCCCAUUGGCUGCUUGCCUGUAUUGGUUAUUGCAUAUCCUCCAAAGCCUGUUGAUGCUGACCAAAAUGGUUGCAUUAAGUCUUACAAUGAGAUUGCUCGAGAAUUCAACAAGCAGCUUAAAGACCGGGUUUCUGAAUUAAGGACCCAAUUUGAGGAUGCACUGCUUCUUUAUGUGGAUAUCUAUUCAGCAAAAUAUACUCUAAUCAGUGAAGCAAAUAAGUAUGGUUUUGUUAGUCCAAUUGAGUACUGUUGUGGGGAUCAUGAUAUCAACUGUUGGAACACAGCUAUAGUGAAUGCAACGAAUGCAGUAUGCAAGGAUGCUUCAAAAUACAUUAGCUGGGAUAGCAUACAUUAUUCUGAAGCUGCAAACCAUUGGAUUGCCAACCGCAUUGUAGAUGGCUCAUUCUCAGACCCUUCCAUUCCCCUUAACAAAGCUUGUAGAAAGCCUAUUCUCUGUCAUCAACAAGCCACAAUUCAAACUUAUGAUUUGAACAGUCUUACACUAGCAAUCCCUUCAGAUUUUCAAAUUCUUUUUCAAAUCCUAAGAUCAACAUCAGUUUCUACUUCCAAUUACGUCAAAAUUGCCCCUUGUAAUCCUAUAUAUAUGUACCCACACCAGUGUAUGCAGUCCAUUGUUCAACCAUCCAAGACUUGUCUUCUCAAUUCUCCCUCAAACUCACUAAUGGAUUCUCGUUUCUUUUCAUCCGUCUUGACCUUCCUUUUGUUUUCAUCACUGAGCUUGAGCCCAUGGCUAGUGUUUGCCCGACGCCCUGUAAAUGGUAGUAAAGAAAAGUGUUGCUUUCCGGCAAUAUUCAACUUUGGUGACUCAAAUUCCGAUACUGGUGGAUUGUCAGCAGUGUUCGGCCAGGCUCCUCCCCCUCAUGGCAUGACAUUCUUCGGCGGUCCCGCUGGCCGCUACUGUGAUGGCCGUGUCAUGGUCGACUUCAUUGCUGAGUACUUUGGAUUGCCAUAUAUUAGUCCAUAUCUGAGUGCGGUGGGAAGCGACUUAAACUAUGGAGCCAACUUCGCCACGGCAGGAUCAACGAUAAGACCCCAAAACACAACUUUUCAUGACACGGGUUUCAGUCCCAUUUCAUUGGAUGUUCAGUGGAACGAAUUCUAUGAUUUUCAUAACAGAUCCCAAGUUGUUCGUGAACACAGUGGAGUUUACCAGAUACUACUGCCCAAGGACAAAUCAGCUUACAGGGAUAUAUUGCCCCCCAUUGAUGUCUUUAACAACGGCUUGUACACAUUCGAUAUUGGCCAAAACGAUCUCACCGCUGGUUACUUCCUAAACAAGACUACUGAUGAAGUUCGAGAAUAUGUGCCAGAAGUUGUUAAUAAGCUCAAAGACAUCAUCAGCUGGAUAUACUGGCAAGGAGGAAGAAGCUUUUGGAUUCACAACACAGGCCCGGUUGGCUGUUUGCCGUAUGUUUUAGAACGUCUUCCGGUUUUAGCUUCACAGAUUGACGAGGCUGGAUGUGCCAUCCCAUUCAAUGAAGUGGCACAAUAUUUCAACAGCAAAUUGAAAGAAGCUGUGGCACAAUUGAGGGCGGAGUUACCACUGGGUGCCUUCACAUUCGUUGAUAUUUACACAUUAAAAUAUAAAAUGUUUCACGAGGGAGCCAAGCACGGAUUCAGUGAAACGAUAAAGAAUUGCUGUGGUUACGGUGGAAAGUAUAAUUUCAACAUUAAGAAUGGGUGUGGAUAUACAGAAGAGGUGAAUGGGACAACAGUGAUGUUGGGAAAGGCAUGUGAGAACCCAGGAGAAUAUGUUGUAUGGGAUGGAGUCCAUUUCACUGAAGCAGCUAACAAAUUUAUAUAUGACAAUAUUGUUAAUGGAGAUUAUUCGGAUCCUCCUACUCCUUUGGAAAUGGCUUGCCACAGAAUGGAUUAAGCAAGCUGUUUAUCAUAUCUGUGUAUGCCCAGCUAGAUAGAAUUUCCCUCUUAUCCUGUUAGCAUGCAUGUUUUAGUUUGAAAAUAAUUAAUAAAGUUACGAAGCAGUUUUUCUUAUUUA